GCUCGCAAAAUGCGGAUCGCAUUCGCGCUGAGGGAAUCGAACAUUCCGGUGGCGUGCUCAGUCUCCUGUCGAUGUCCUGAGCCCGUCUGAUCCAUCCUGGCUGCGUCCAGAUUGAGAUUUCGACGUAGCCCUGCCGCCCAACCAACCUUGAGUAGUGGUUGGCGCCCAUCUGUGUGCUCGGCCCUGCGUGCGUGGCCUAGAGGGUGACGAUGGCAGCCGAGCCCGAGAAGUCGCUGCGUGUGUCUGACGCCAAGGGGUACCUGGCGCGGGUCAAGGAAAUCUUUGAGCGCGACAAGGAUGAGGUGCGCUACGGCAAGUUCCUGGAAAUCAUGAAGGACUUCAAAGAGCACAGGUGAGUCAGUGGGGCGAGUGAAAUGAGAUGAGAUGCGCACCAAACACUGCACUCACUUGACACGUCCGUCUCUCACGCCCCGACCCAUCGCCACACGUGCUUGUGUGCGUUGUGUGUGUGUGAAUGCGUGAUGCUUGUGGCAGGAUUGACACCACCGGUGUGAUUCUGCGUGUGUCGGAUCUCUUCAAGGGGCAGGACGACCUCAUCAGCGAGUUUAAUCGCUUCCUCCCAAAGGAGCUGCAGACGGCCAUCAACAAAGCCAAGGAGCAGAACGCUGCAUCAGCAUCAGCAUCAGCAUCGGCAUCGUCCGUCCCGCCCGCUGCUGCAGCUGCUGCGGCCGCGGCGGCCGCGUCAUCGGCGUCUGGAGCACCUGACGCGCAGGCGCGUCAGCAGGAGUUCCUGCGGCAGAUGGAGGAGGAGGGUCAGGCCGCCAGCAGCGGCACCGGUGGCCUGGCGGGGAAGAUUGUGCAGCGGAAGGUGAGUCAGUUGUCAUGUCAUGUGGGCGAAGCAGACACGCAUCCAUCGAUCGAAUCAAUCGCAUUGACCUGACUGACUCAUUAAUUGUGUGGCUACCUGGCCUGGCUGGGGGUAGGUUGGAGCGUCGCGUGAGGGGGCAUCGGAUCAGCAGCAGAGAGGGGCGGCCAAGGGCGCUGGGGUGAGGGAAGGAGCAAUGCACACGCAAGAUGCUGAUUGUCAUGCGGCCACAUGGAUAAGUCCAUCUAUCUGCGUGUGCAUGUGUGUCAUGUGUGUGUCUUCAGGAGCCUCGUGAGGUGGAUUAUGACCAUGCCAUCGACUAUGUGAAGCGCGUCAAGGUCGUCAGCCAGCCACGGACAGCCGAGCUGGGUAUGUAUGUAUGUGGGUGGGGUAUGCGCCUAUUUUUGUGUAGGUGGUUGCCCCUGAGGUGUAUGACCGUUUCAUCUACAUCCUGCAAACCUACCAGCUGCAGCAGAAGUCCAUCAGGGAGGUCUACACAGGUGGGUGGGUGGGUGGGUGGGGAUGCCAAGAGGAAUGGGUGGAGGGAUGGACGGCUGAUUGACUGAUUGAGUGAUCCAUGAUUGAUCUCUAUCUCUUAGAGGUGCGGAACUUGAUGCGCCCCCACCCCCGGAUGCUCGGAGAGUUCUGCCAGUUCCUGCCUGACUUCCAGGCGGUACGCACGCACACACCAUGCCGUGGACACACAGCAGCAAUGUCUGUCCAUCCCAUCCACGCGUCCUGUCACGCUUACCAGGUGCACAAGGAGGUGACAGCGCGCGAGGCGGAGCUGCGUGCCCAGGGCCACACGGCGUACAAUCCCAUGCUGCCCAUGAUGAGCGGAAAGGACGACGAAGACGCUAUCAAAGGUCAGUCGGUCUGGGUGGACGGACGGACGACGCCUGUUGCGUUCGUUGCAUUCAAUGGCCCAUGACAUGUGUGUCAGGCCCGCCGAUGACGCUCCCUUCAGUGGAUGAGGAGGAUGAAAUGAUGGGGGACCAGCCGCAGAGGAAGUCGUCAAGGGACAGACACAGACCGCCACCACUCAAGAUCGGAGCCAAAAAGGUCAGUGAGUGAGGAUGCACUCAUGCGCACAUGAAUGGAUGGAUGGAUGGCAUCCGUGUCCAUGUGUGUGUGUGUGUUCUCCGCAGGGUGGCGAUGAGUUGGCGACUCCGUCAGAGAUGGAACUGUCCAUGGCACUCAAGGGCAGGCGGCUCAUGGCCAAGAGGCAAGCACUCGAGUGCGUGCGUGCGUGAGCAGACCAGACAGACGAUGGCAGGAACCAACAGGCCCAGGCCAACACCCACCCCCUUUCGUAUGCGCCCCUUGAAUGCGCGUGUGUGUGUGCAGUGGUGCUGUGCGUGAUUUCGACGGGUAUGACGCCGAUGAGGAGGAGCAGGAGGAGUCCGAGGAGCGCAUGGAGGUCGAACACAAAGCCAUCGACAUCAACGCAUGUGGGUAUCCACGCCACGCCCCGCCACACAAGCGUUCACAAGCAUCUGUGUGUGUCUGUGUCUGUGUGUCGUUUGCUGUGUGCAGGUCUGUCUAUGUCCCGGGGCGAGCGGCUGUUUUGGGAGGCUCUCAAGAACUGCAUGGACGAGUGAGAUGAGCACGCAACGCACAGAUCAGAUGCCUGAGUGCAUCCAUGCCAUGCCAUGGCGGGCCCUCCUCUGUCGUGCAGGCACCGCUACGCCUGUCUGGCCAAGCUGGUGAAGCUCUACGUCGUGGGCAUCAUCAGCGCACGCGAAAUGCUCGACGUCUGCAAGAAGGUCAUCGACUUCUCCGUUCUGUAAGCCAACACUUCCCCAAUCUCACUCACACCACACCCACAUCGCCCCGCAUAAGCGUGUGCGUGAUUGUGUAUGUCAUGUCAGUGGCUCGGAUGUGUACCAGCAUUUCCGGAAGAUGAUCGUGACUCGCGAGUCUGCGCGGCGGCGGCACUCGUACUUCUGCCUGUCGGUGUCCCAGAUCGACACCAGUGCGGCCGCCAAGAGCGGCGACAGCUACAGGCUGCUGCCCAAGGACUUCCCCCAGAUGGUACAUACGCAUCGCAUCCCCGCCCCGCGUGUGUGUGAUGGAUGCGUGUGGAUGGGAUCGCGUAUGUGGUGUGUGUGAGUGGUGUGUGCAGUACUGCAGCGGUCGUGAUGCGCUGUGCAAGACGGUGCUGCAGGAUUCGUGGAUAUCAAUCCCACAGGUGAAUUAAUUCUCACAUACAUGACAUGACGUCCACGCGCGAGGGAGAUGAGAUCCACAAGACGCAUUCCUUCCUUCGUGCGCGUCGCGUCAUUUUCAACACUCUCGCUUGCAGGGUUCGGAGGACUUCUCCUUCCGCCACAUGCGGCGCAAUGAGUACGAGGAGCAGAUGUUCAAGACUGAGGACGAGCGCUUUGAGCUGGACAUGAUCAUCGAACCAAACCAGUCAAGUCAGUCAGCCACCCAACACAUGCAACCGAUGGGUGGACGGAUGGAUGGAUGGAUGUGUCCAUGGUUCCUCUGUGUGUGUGUGCCUGUCUGUCUGUCUGUCUGUCUGUUCAGCGAUCAAGGUGUUGGAGCCGAUCGCAGAGGAGCUCAGGCAGAUGCCCCUCGCCGACCGCGACAUGUACAAGCUGGAGAGAAACCCCUUCAACGACACGCACCUCAACGCCAUCCGCCGCAUCUACGGCGACCACGGUGUGGAGAUCCUGCAGCUGCUGCGGCGCAACCCCAAGGGGACGGUGCCGGUCAUCCUCAGCCGUCUUCGGCAGAAGCAGGAGGAGUGGACCGGCGCGAGGGCCAGGAUGAACGAGGGCCAGUGGCGGGACGUCAUGAAGAAUAACUACUUCAAGAGCUUUGACCAUAGAUCUUUCUACUUUAGGCAACAGGUACGUAGGGAGGUACCUACCUCUGUCUGGGUGGCUGUCUGUCUGUCUGUCUGUCUUUCUGAGGCGUGGGAGUAUGCGUGUCUCUCUGGUGUGCUUCGGUCUGUUCCUUUCGUUUAGGACAAGCGUCACACGAACGUCAAGGCGUUUCUGGCUGACGUACGGAAGCGGUAUGCGCAGAUCAGAGGCGCACCAACCGCCGAGGGAGACGAGGAGGAGGAAGGUGGGUAGACACGAACGAAACCCAACACAGACAGUAUCACUCACGGUAGGUGUGAUGGAUGCGAAUGCUCGAUGGGCUGUGCCCACAGGUCACCAUGGCGUGCCGAUCGUCAAGAAGCACAAGGAGGAUGAAGACGAAGAGGCGGAGGAGAACGGUACCUACGGACGCAUUCACACCACAUCACACCACAUGUGUGUUGUGUUGCUGCAAUCAAUCAAUGGUCGAUGUCUGUCUGUGUCUGUGUCUGUGUGCGACCAGAGGAGAUCGACCAGGCCAUAUCGAUGACCUUCUCCCCCAAGAGCGAGAUGAAGAAGAGGCGCGACUCCCUCACACACCUGCCACUCACUGAGGUAGGUACACGCCUGCCUGUCUUGAGUGAAGUGAAGCACAUACCUUUUCAAGGACGGACGAUCGUGGCCAUCGGUAAAUGUGGCCGUGCGUGGGUCCCCGUCGGCUUGUUUGUUUGUUUGUGUGCAGGCUGACGAGCAGCAGGCCACACAGGCCAAGGAAACUGAGGUGGGCGGGGCGGGCGACAGACAAUUCCUCUGUGUAGUGAGUGGAUGGUCGGACUGACUCAUGUUGUGUCUAUCUAUUGUCUGUCUCAGUAUCCGCCAGAGUUCACCUUCAACAUGCCCAUAAUGCAGCUGCACGAGGACGUGCUGGACAUGAUGCUGUACGUCGCGGAGAAACAGUCAUACAGCACCACUGGAAUGAAGGUCCGUGCACGCCGGUGCCUGCCUGUGAAAUGUGGGUGCAUUGGACACUGCACACGCUCACCCCCCCCACUCUCUAUAUUCUGCCAGAUACGGUAUUACCUCAACUCCGUUGUGCGCGACUUCAUCCUGCCUGACAGAGGGGUACAGCACCCACCCACACAGACAGACAGACACCCACUGCUUCAAGCGCACGCAUCGAUUACCUACCGUUUGUCUGUCUGUGUCUGUCUGUGCCCCCCAGCUGCAACCAGAUCAGAUGAGGUCCCGCCGCGGCGCCCCCCCAGUGGGAACCCGCUUCAAGGUCCCCAAAUACGAGAGGAGGGACCGAGACGAAGACGAGUCCAUGCAGCCCUCUCAACAAUCGCAGCAGGGUCAGUCAGUGGACCUGACGACCCCUCCCCUUACCAAACACGUAUGUAUGUCGUCCAUCUGUGUGUGUGUGUGUGUGUGUGAUAUCCUUCAGGCGAGAGCCAGGCCGGUGGUGGGACGUUCCCCGGCCCGUCGCCCGCUGUGCGUGUGACCCCGCCGGAGGGUGGUGCUGCGGCGCCAGUGGCAGCACGAGCAGCAGCAGCAGCAGCUGCUGCUGCAGCUGCAGCCUCUGCCGGUGGUGGUGGGAGGAGGGGUGACGAGGUGGAGGUCGUCAUCAGCAACAAUGACGAGGUCAGCACGGAGGAUGGCUGGGGCAUGGCAUGGCAUGGACGGAUACUGACUCAUAGUGUGAUGCGUUGUUGUGUACGCUGUGUGGUCGGAUGGAUGGAUGGAUGUGGUGCAGCCGACUCCUGGGCCUGGCCCUGCGCCCAAGAGGCCACCACAGCAGCAAAUACAGGUCGAUUCCUGCCUCUGCGUGGAUACGCCCACACACACAGGUGUUUAUCAUACCUGCCUGCCUGUGUCUGUGGUGUGGUCUUUCUCUCUCUCAGCCCGCUCCCUCCGCCGCUCUCCAGGCUCCUCCAGCAGAUGGGUACGUAAGCAUCGCAUCUGCAUCGUGGAAACAGCGAGCGACAUGUUGUUUCUCUGUCUGUUGUGCAUGCAUAUGUUUCAGUUUGCGGACUCAGACGCGGUCGGACGGCUCGGUGCCCACACCGCCAGAAGAGAAAGAGGUACACACGUGGGCUGGGUGGGAGGGUGGGAGGGAGGGGUAGGUAUCCCUGCGAUGGAUGCAUCCUGUUUACUUUGUGUGUGUGUGUGUGUGUGUGUGGGCGUGUCGGUCAGGUGGCCCCGAAGCUGGUACCGCUGGACAGCAGGUACGGCCUGAAGCACCUGUGGGGAUACCAGAGCCACACCAAACCCACACGCGCAUUCGGUCAGCACCCUCCCCCCCUAAUGAGCCCUUCACCUAUGUGUCCAUCCAUCCAUCCAUCCGUCUGCUCUCUCUCGUCGCGUGCGUGCAGCCCCGCCACCUCCCUCCGGCGCGCCCCCAUCCAGCGCCGUCAGCGGGCCCUUCAAGCUGCAUCGGGAAGACAAUGGCGGACAACUGCCUGCUGCUGCUGGUGCUGCGUCCUCGGCGUCUAGUGGCGGUGGUGGUGUGGGUGUUGAUGAGUGUCUGCCCCUGGAGGAGCGGUGGCUUAUGAGCGGGGAGAGCUUCUACUGCCUUAUGCGGUUCUACCAGAUUCUCUACGAGCGGCUCAAGAAGGUGCGCUGCGGUCCCUCCCUCUGCUCUGUGUGCGGUUGGGUGCGGUGUGCGGUGUAUGGGAGGGGACGGACACAGAGGCGUGUGUGUGUGUGUGUGCAUGUGUGUGUGCAGGCGAAGGCUGUGAUGGAGACGCACGUAGACGACGCCGCGGCCCGACGAAUGAAGUUCUCGCCCACGCCGUCUGAGACAGAGGAGGUGGGUGGGGUGCGUGUCGCGACGGACGCUUCCAUACGUGUGAUGCGAUGAAUGCCAUUCAUGUCGUCAUGUGAUGUGAUGCAUUCAUGUGGAACAUGUCGUCAUGUGUGUGGUUGUGUCCACCACAGAAGUUGGACUACGAUUGGGUCAAGAACACGGUGUAUGCGCUCAUCAACAACGAGAUCGACAUCAGUGCAUACGAAGAUGACCUCAGGCACACGAAUACACUCACACACACAUUGGAUUGGCCUAUAGCUAUGUGUGGAGACAGACGAGACAGGCAUUUGCAUUGCUACGUCCCCAUUGGCAUGUGAUGUGAUGUGGCGUAUCUCUCUCUGGGUAUGGUGUGCUAUGCUGUGCAGGAAGGCGAUGGGCACAGAGGCCUACAGCCUCUUCACCGUGGACAAACUGCUCUCGCAGGUGAGUGAAACGGAUACAGACAUGUGAGGAACCUGUGUGUGUAUGGCGCUGUGUCUGUGUCUGUGUGCAUUCAGAUGGUGAAGCUGCUGCAGGGGAUGGUGAACGACCCCAACACACUGAGGAUCGCAUCGCUCUAUCUCGCUUACAGAGACAGUAAGUAUGCCAUUCUCCUUCCCCCAUCUCCCAAUACACACCCAUGUGUGUGUGUGUGUCUGGCCCGUCACCCGUCAGUUCUGACGACCCGCGCGGCGGUCGACUCCUAUGAGAAGGAGUGCAGAACCAUCGUCGGGUGAGCCCUGCUGUGCUGCAACUUCCGUCAUAAUCCAGCGAUACAUCCACCACACAUCCAGCUGUGUAUGUCUUGUAUGUGUUGUGUGUCUCCUCUCCUCUCUGUCAGUGAUGCCAUGCACUUCCGCAUUCGGUGGGACCUGAGGAGCCGCGAGCUGACCAUCAGGAUGGUCACACCUGCGGACUACUGGCACACCACACCACCAGAGGUGGGUGCGUUGGGAAGCAUUGCAAUCGUCGGGGAGAGGAGGCCCAUCAAUUUGUUGUGUGGAUUUGGUGUUGUGGUGUGUAGGAUCGUCCGGUGAUGACAGCGUGUGACGGCGAGGUGCUCAAGUACUGCCUGAGCUACAUGGGGCCAUACACGCUCGUCUCCGACCACAUCAACUUCGCCACACAAAUACCCGACCCCAGACAUGCAGUAAGGUCCACAGACAGAGAGAGAGAGCCUGGCCUGCCCUGACUGACACCCAUAUUAUCUCCCUCCCUCCCUGCAGACGGCUGCAAUAGUGCCGUAUGUGGGAGAGCUUGCUGGCGACAGGCCUGUGCGCUUCCUCAGAAGGUCAGCCUGUCCACAAUGGGCCAAUGGGACCAUGGCCCAUAUCCAUUGCACUUAGUUGCUCGUUGGCUGGUGUAGGAAUCGUCGCCGCGUGCGUCGUCGUGACGGCGACUACCCGCCCCGUUCGGACAGCGCCGUCCCGCCCGCCAAGGAGAGGCGGCACCACUACAAAGACGCCAACAUCGCCAUGCACAACGGACUCUGCUGCAGGGUAACACACAUCACAUUCAUUGAUGAGCAAUGUAAUGCUCCACCCAUCUGUGUGUGCAUGUUGGAAUGGUUUGGUCUGUUUUGGUUUGGUAUGGCAUAAAGAUGCCGCUGCAUUCCUACCGGCUGGCGUAUGUGCCCAACACCCACGACGUGCUCCUCAGACCCAGACAUCGCAAGCGAGCCGUAAGCCGACCGACCCGACACACACGCCGUCCCGUCCACCUUGGAAGCCACCCUCCCUGUUCAUGUCAUGUGUGGGGGCAGGCGGAGCGCGGUGCGGCGGGUGAGGCGAAGAGGCUGCGGCGGUUCCAGCACUGGCUGAGCAUGCGGCUGGUCGACGCGGAGAGGCAGCCGUUCCUCAGACCUAUAGUGCCCAUCAAGGAGGAGGCCGACACCACCAUGAGAGACUGACUGAGAUGGUGCAUCGUCCCUUUCGGGCCAGUCUUCCCCUCCCUCUUCGCUCCCUUGUCUGUCUGUCUGUCUGUGUAACUGAUGGAGGGGCCAACCAAUCAACCAGUCAGUGUGUGCGGUGGGGGCCACGUGGGAUUGGGAAUGUGUACACACCAAUGUGUCACGUACACACACGGGGGCGGGAAGGACAUUUUUUUGACGUGACGUCCGGGCGGCUGGAGGGAUGGUUGGUUGGUUGGUCUGGUGGCUGCGUACUAUCUAAGGGGAUAAUUCGAUGGAUGCCUGGAUGGGGGUGGGGGGGUGUCUGUCUGUCUGUCUGUCUGACUUCCUUCCCUAGUAUCUUGUACACAGCCAGCAAGCAAGCCUUUCAAUCAAUGGAAUGGCCGUCUGCUGCUAUCGCUCGCUGCCGCCUGCCGCACAA